ACGGCGCCCUGCCGCCAGGGUGGCCUUUCGGAAAGCGAGGGAACAGUGCGCGCCGCGCUCCACCCAGCUCCGUUCCGCUCCGCAGAGCCGGCGCGGCCAGCGUGCGUGAGGGUGGCACUCUACCCGGGCCUUUGCAACCCCACGCGCUCCCUCGGCUGCGAGAUCCGAGCCCAGGGCCGCUCCCCAGAGCCGCUAGCGGGCGGGACCGGGUUGGGACUGGCGGCGAGGGAGGGAUCGGGAGCCAGCAGAGCCGCGUGCGCCAGCUCCCAGCUCCCGGCUCCCCAUUCCGGCCGGGCUGGUCGCCUCCAGACUCGGGCAUCCUGGGCAAGGGACUGCGCGCCCGCGAUCCGUCGGAGAACGCAGACACUCGGGCGGAGUCCAGGGGCCGAGUCCUCGCGACGGCCCACGCGGGACAGAUCCCUGGAUGAGAAAGAUCUGACACAAGCUGAACCCUUCCUUCUCUGUGCGCUGGGGAACAGGGCUGCACAGCCCCAGGGACACCCAUGCCGAAGAACAGCAAGGUGACCCAGCGUGAGCACAGCAAUGAGCAUGUUACGGAGUCAGUGGCUGACCUGCUGGCCCUCGAGGAGCCCGUGGACUAUAAACAGAGUGUUCUGAAUGUGGCUGGGGAAGCAGGUGGUAAGCAGAAGGCAGCAGAGGAGGAGCUGGAUGCGGAAGACCGGCCAGCCUGGAAUAGCAAGCUGCAGUACAUCCUGGCCCAGAUCGGCUUCUCUGUAGGCCUUGGAAACAUCUGGAGGUUCCCCUACCUGUGCCAGAAGAAUGGAGGAGGUGCCUACCUGGUGCCUUAUCUGGUGCUGCUGAUUAUUAUUGGCAUUCCUCUCUUCUUCCUGGAGCUGGCUGUGGGCCAGAGGAUCCGCCGUGGCAGCAUCGGUGUGUGGCACUACGUGUGCCCCCGCCUGGGGGGCAUCGGCUUUUCCAGCUGUAUUGUCUGCCUCUUUGUCGGGCUGUACUACAAUGUGAUCAUCGGGUGGAGCAUCUUCUACUUCUUCAAGUCCUUCCAGUACCCACUGCCCUGGAGUGAAUGUCCUGUCAUCAGGAAUGGAACAAUAGCAGUGGUGGAGCCUGAGUGUGAGAAGAGCUCAGCCACUACCUACUUCUGGUACCGAGAGGCCUUGGACAUCUCCAACUCCAUCUCAGAGAGUGGAGGCCUCAACUGGAAGAUGACGCUGUGCCUCCUUGUGGCCUGGAGCAUCGUGGGCAUGGCUGUGGUCAAGGGCAUCCAGUCCUCAGGAAAGGUAAUGUAUUUCAGCUCCCUUUUCCCCUACGUGGUGCUGGCCUGCUUUCUGGUCCGGGGCCUGCUGCUUCGAGGGGCCGUCGAUGGCAUCCUACACAUGUUCACUCCCAAGCUGGACAAGAUGCUUGACCCCCAAGUGUGGCGGGAAGCAGCCACACAGGUCUUCUUCGCCCUGGGGCUGGGCUUUGGUGGUGUCAUCGCCUUUUCCAGCUACAACAAGCAGGACAACAACUGCCACUUCGAUGCUGCCCUGGUGUCCUUCAUCAACUUCUUCACCUCGGUGUUGGCCACCCUUGUGGUGUUUGCUGUGCUGGGCUUCAAAGCCAACAUCAUGAAUGAGAAGUGUGUGGUCGAGAAUGCCGAGAAAAUCUUGGGGUACCUCAACUCCAAUGUCCUGAGCCGAGACCUCAUCCCACCCCACGUUAACUUCUCGCACCUGACCACCAAGGACUACACAGAGAUGUAUAAUGUCAUCAUGACCGUGAAAGAGAACCAUUUCUCAGCUCUGGGCCUGGAUCCCUGCCUCCUGGAGGAUGAGCUGGACAAGUCUGUGCAGGGUACAGGCCUGGCCUUCAUCGCCUUCACUGAGGCCAUGACACAUUUCCCGGCGUCCCCAUUCUGGUCUGUCAUGUUCUUCCUGAUGCUCAUCAACCUGGGCCUGGGUAGCAUGAUUGGGACCAUGGCGGGCAUCACCACACCCAUCAUCGACACCUUCAAGGUGCCCAAGGAGAUGUUCACAGUGGGCUGCUGUGUCUUUGCAUUCUUCGUGGGGCUGUUGUUCGUCCAGCGUUCCGGAAACUACUUUGUCACCAUGUUUGAUGACUACUCUGCUACCCUGCCACUCACUGUCAUCGUCAUCCUUGAGAACAUCGCCGUGGCCUGGAUUUAUGGAACCAAGAAGUUCAUGCAGGAGCUGACAGAAAUGCUGGGCUUCCGACCCUACCGUUUCUAUUUCUACAUGUGGAAGUUCGUAUCUCCACUGUGCAUGGCUGUGCUCACCACAGCCAGCAUCAUCCAGCUGGGGGUGACACCCCCAGGCUACAGCGCCUGGAUUAAGGAGGAGGCUGCUGAGCGCUACCUGUACUUCCCCAACUGGGCCAUGGCACUGCUGAUCACUCUCAUCGCUGUGGCAACCCUGCCCAUUCCUGUGGUGUUCAUCCUACGGCACUUUCGCCUGCUCUCUGAUGGCUCCAACACCCUCUCUGUGUCCUACAAGAAGGGCCGUAUGAUGAAGGACAUCUCCAACUUGGAGGAGAAUGAUGAGACCCGCUUCAUCCUCAGCAAGGUGCCCAGUGAGGCACCCUCCCCCAUGCCCACCCACCGCUCCUAUCUGGGACCUGGCAGCACAUCACCUCUGGAGUCUAGUGGCAAUCCUAAUGGACGCUAUGGAAGUGGCUACCUCCUGGCCAGUACCCCUGAGUCAGAGCUGUGACCACUGCCCCUCCCUGCCUGCCUUCCCCCCACGCCCAACCUGCCCACUUGUCUGGGCCUGGCCUCUUCCUCCAUGAUGACCACCAGACCCAGGCCAGGCCCUCUGUCUAAGGAGAGAGGGUCUGCCUUGCCUCAUUCCUUACCCAAGUCUCAGCAGACUCUCUUCCUAUCCAUGAGCAGGGGGCUGGGGACAAUUCUGUCCCCUAUUCCAGACCUCCAACUCAAGUAACUUUUUGAAAACCUCUCACCAAAUUGCAGCCAUGUAACCAGAACAAUUCCAGGAUGGGGGAACUACAAGUGGACACUUUAGUAGUCACCACUCCCUCUCCCUCUAACCUGCCACCUACAGAUCUUAGGUCUGGGGAAGGGUCUGCUUUGUGCAGCUGAGUAGUGGUGGUGAUGGUGGUGAGAGGCAUGAGGACUAGAGGUGUAGGAGGCAGACUUCGGCCCAGUCUGCCAUAAGAACAAGGCUCAUCAUCCUGUCCAGUCCAGCCUGGCUGCUUCUGAGCUAAGAGGUUACCUGAUGGGGGUAGGGACAGGUAUGUCAAGACUCAGGACUUUGACUUGGCAGGAGGUGUACCGUAAUUCCCAAAUUCUCUUUUGUGAGGUAGGUGUUACCUUGGGCUUGAGCAUGAACCUUGGCAGUGAAAGGGAUGUGCAGCCAGCACAUGGAAUCUUUGAAUGUCCUUCCUUCCCCUUCCAGGGGCAGGUGGAGGUAUGGUCCUGAUCCUGCCUGGGGAACAUGGUCACUGGCUCAGAACCUCCCCAUCUCAGCAAGGGUUUAGCCAUUUCUUAGUUCCCUCCACUCAACUUGAAGCCAAGGGCAGUGGCCUUUGCCUCUUUCCUGGAGAGAGAAAGGGGGCAGUACAAGGUAAGGUUUCUAGAGCACAACUUGAUGGUUCUCAGCACAAUUUAGAUGGUUUAGAGCACAAGUGAAGCACACUUUUCCCUCCCCUUAUUUGGGGCCCGAUUUUCUCAUUCUCAUCAGUGGUAGCUUCUCCCCUAGAACGAGGGUCCCUGGAGUUCAGGGGCAUGUCACCAGGAAACCUCAUUCCUAGGGAAGGACAGGUAAUUCCACUGCCCAUUUGGGCUGCCACUUGCUCUCCUUUGUUGCACAAGCACAGCCACCAGUGCACACAUUGUGUGCAGACAUCUUGGAAACCAUUCCCAAGCUUCCCUAGCCUGCAGAGAGCCGUGCCACAGGCAAUGCUGUGGACACUGGAGGCUGCCAAAGGCAAAGCAGAGCCUCUGUCCUGAGGCCCCAAGGGUAUGGCAGCAUCCGUUGUCCUUCCUUCCCCCCAGGAGAUAGGCUGUUCUCACAAAGCCUAUGAGGACUCAGAAGCUGCCCUGAGAAUGUCUGCAGAGAGAUGGCUGGCUAGAUGGCUGGGUGAGUUGGUAGGUGGGUGGGUGGACUGGCUCCUAUCUUUGAAAGCUCUUGUGGGAAGGGACAGACCUGGGUACCUUUCAGAGGGUCCCAAGUCAUUUUUGUGGCCCUGACUUCCCUCAGUACAGACAGGGACAGAUUAAGCCCAGGUCCCCUCUUUUACCCCAUGCCUACUGUUAACCUGUCUCCUAGCCUGAGGUCCACCCUCUCAGCCUUCCAUCUCCCUUUCUGCUGGGUUCCCCAUACCUUCUCUGACUUCUAGCCCUCUUGAUUCCACCUGUCCUAGUGUUUGAGGUGAAAGGGAGCCCAUCUCUCCCUACAGAGAUGAGUUUUUAGGGCAGAGCAUCCUGCAAUUGGCCCCCUCACCUGAUAACACCUCCUACCUGGCCCCAUGCCUGGUCCCAAGCAGAAUUAGAAAACAGGAAAACCAGGCCCCAGGAGGGAUAUCCACUAUCUAUGCUCUAUAUAUGCUAUUUCUAUUGUACAUUCAAUCUGUACAUGUGGGUGUAAAUGCUGUGAAAUGACAAACCCAAUAUUAUACUGUGGCUGGUGGACUAUUUUCAUCCUCAGUGCUGUACAGAUCUAUUUUCAUUGUAUAUUUGAUAUAUUUUUAAUUUUGUAGCGUGGCUGGGCCAGGCCCCAGCCUGCAAGCCUGCAGGGGGUGGGGAGGGGGUUGAACUGGGGCUGUCUGCUUUUGCAUUGUGUGCUCUGUAGUGUUUCUUGUAGCCUUUCACUGUAGGCCGGACCCUGUCCUGGCUGCAUCUUUGUUGUGUGUUGAUCAUAGGGUCCAGAGCUCUGUGUGCGUGUGUGUGUGCGUGUGUGUGUGUGUGUGUGUGUGUUGCACAUAUGUGGGUAUGAGUGCACUGGGUGCUGAUUUGUGACCCCCUCCCUCAGUGUUCACCACCUUCCUAAGACCCCAUCUUCUCUCAGCUCUGUGGGUGAGGCCUCAGGGCAGGUGUCUGUAAGAAGCUCCAGCUGUAGGGAAAGGGAUAUGUUUCCUGCUGGUGACUCACUGUCAUCACACCUUUGAUGGGAAGGAGGGCCUCAGAUGCAGAAAAAAAUCCCAAUUUUUUUUUUGCAAUCAACCUUCUGUUGUUCACACUGGAGUCACAGGCUCUUCAGUAGACAAAGUCCUGGGUUUCUUAGGAUGGUGAAUCCUGAGGAGGGCAUCUCUCAGCCUUUCUGUCAUGUAUUUGUCCCUGAAACAGUCCUAACUGCUCAGAAAGCAACAAAUGUUCCAACUGUGUCUCUAAGCUCUCUGCUGGCUCCUCAGGAGAGUCAUAGUGAAAUCAUCUGACUAGCUGAGAUGCAGCCUUAAAGUUGCAGGAAGUGGCCAGUAAGGGCCAGGCCCAAGUCCUUGCAUGGGGUCCCCAUGGCCACUGGCUUUGGUGCUGUCCAUGCAGUGCCCACCAGGAAGCAAAGGACUUCUGGGGCUGUGGGUCAAUUAGUUGGAGCAGAGCAGAGACUAUAAGACUUCCCUGCUCUGCUGUACCUAGCCCCAAUCACCAGCUUCUUGCUCAGGGAGCCUUCAGCCCUCUCUACUAAGGCUACAUGAAGCCUGAAGCCAGAAGGUAAAGCAGGUAAGGUUGGCUUCUGCCCUCCAGCAAUAAAUCUGCAGGAACUGCUGCUUUUUUAGUGCCCGAAAAAACCCUCCAGAGUGAGCCUGUGUAGGCCCUGAGGCUGUAAGCCAGUCCCCGUGCAGGUCCACAGUAUUACCAGGCUGGGGACUGCCCUUCUACCCUUCCUCACAGAUAUGCAUCCCCCACCACAAUAUGCUCCACUGUGGAAACAGUGAGACUGAACAGAUUGUAAUGCACCUGAUUCGCUGUGUGACCCUGGGUCCUGUAAUGUGGAGGCUGCUACCUUGUGUACUAGGGCUGGGGAAGGAGGGUCCAGGGUCUUUUCUCAUGAGAAGCCCUGCUUUGUACAGAACUAAACACACACACACACACACACACACACACACACACACACACACACACACACACACACACACACACACCAGGCAGUCACUUUAGGUCCUGUCGCAGGUUCAGAACUGUUCACAUCCUUGUGUCCCAUGGCUGCUCAGAGCUCUGGGUCGGGACCACUCAGCCCAAUGGAGUGGAUAAGGCAUUGUUACCCCAGAGCCUCUCUUUCAUCUCCCCUACCCUGGUGUACAAUAAAGUGUCUUCUUAACCAUC